ACAAAAGCAGAUUUCAUUAAUAUUAUACAGAAAAAGUUACAGUCUGUCUUAUCAAAGCAAUCUCUGGGUGCGCUUUGCGUGGCUGUUGGGGUUCACGAGCCAACUAAGGGAGUCAAUAAAGAUACAAAAGUUCAAAAUAAUCAAUUAUGGAUAUCUGAGCUGGGAGUUAUUGAGCAAAGGUACCAAAAAAUUCAUUUAUUCGAUAUCAACAUUCCCAAUGGUCCGAUUUUGCAGGAGUCAAGGUCAGUAGAGGCGGGUAAUAAGAUUUUGUGUCCCUUCCCAGUUAGCGACAACGCUCCUGGAUUCAAAGUAGGAUUUUCCAUUUGCUACGACAUUCGCUUCCCUGAAUUAGCCGCACGACUCAGACAAAUGGGGGCUAAUAUUCUCACUUAUCCUUCAGCGUUCACGACAAAAACAGGUGAGGCGCAUUGGUUAGAACUAGGACGCGCCCGUGCAAUUGACUCCCAAUGUUAUGUGGUUAUGGCCGCGCAAUGUGGCGAACAUGAUAUAUAC